AUGGGCUCGUUGGAACCAUGCGGCUUGGCACAGGCACUAUGCCAGCAGGUCAGGCUGUCUAAGACGACUAUGGCGGUCAAAAGUGAUGAGCAGACCCUGACCUUCGAUGAAUUACACCUCAAAGCUCUCUAUCUUGCUGCUCAGAUCCUUCAGAAGGGACUCCCCGUCCAGUCACCGAUCGCGGUCCUGUCCCCGAGGGGAAUCAACCACAUCGUGUCACAGGUGGCAGUGAUCUACGCCGGCGGAUAUUGUGUACCUUUGGAUAUCCGACAGCCCGACGGCUAUUUGAACCAGUUGCUGAGCCGCUUGAGUUGUCGCCUUGUCAUAACUGAUCCCGAACGUCAGGAGCGGCUCUCGCAAUAUGAUCAUCUAGUUGCCAAUCAUGAAGAGAUUAAUGCACAUUGUAAGGCGCAGACUGCUGAGACAGUCAUCUCUUCCAAUGGUCCGGAUGCCUUAACGCAUAUAUUUCAUACCUCGGGCACGACAGGAACGCCCAAAGCAGUGCAGUUGCAUGCAGAAGGUAUUAUGAGCCGGGCAUAUCAUGGACUUCAUCCAAUUGAACGUGGGGAACGGUUUGCCCAGGUGUCGAAUAUCACCUUCGACGCUAGUAUAUUGGAUAUUUGGGUUCCUCUUCUAGCUGGCGCCGCCGUGGUUAUCAUCCCGCAAGAUGUACUCCUGGAUCCAGAGGCGUUUUCUAAAAGACUACGUUCGGAGAUGAUUGAUACUCUAUUCCUGACGAGCGCCUUGUUGACCUCGACCGUGAACGCCGUCCCCAAGGCCUUCGCCACCAUUCGUACCCUUAUGACCGGCGGUGAGGUUAUGAAUAUGCAGACGGUCAAGUCAAUCCUUGACAACGGCCCGCCGCAGCGACUCUUCAACAUCUACGGUCCGACAGAGACGACCGUCUAUUGCCUUUACCAUCAUGUCCUAGCCAGCGAUAUGAAGGCCAACAGUGUUCCACUGGGACGCGUUGUCGCCAACAUGACUGUUCAUGUCGUCGAUGAGAACCUCCAGCCAGUGGCUCGUGGCGACGUCGGGGAGCUAUUGAUACAAGGGUCCGGGGUCUCACGGGGAUACUCUGGGGAUCCUGAGAAAACUGCUAAGGCAUUUGUGCAUGUUCCCCAUCUGGCAGAUACCAUACUCUAUCGGACGGGAGAUUUGGUUCGCGUGAAUGAGGCCGGCUUAUACGAAUUUAUUGGCCGGAGGGAUAAUCAGGUCAAAAUUCGGGGCCAGCGUAUAGAGUUGGAGGCUGUCGAACAUCUAUUACGCGAGACGGGGCUCGUCAUCGACGCUGCCGUGCUGAAGGUGCAGCCCGAAGAUUCUACCAUAGGAGCGAUCUUGUUGGCCUACGUGAUACCCAACUCGGAUACCACAGACGCCAAUACCAUCGUCCGGGAGUUUGUGCAACGCACCCCGCAUAUGGUGCCGCGAAUUGAACUCAUUGAUGCCUUUCCCUUGAGUCCAACUGGGAAAGUUGACCGCAAGCGCUUGGAGAAACAGUACUUGGAAAAGAUCGGGAAAGUGGCCCGGUCCGCGUCACUGUGCAAAACGGGGCAUAUCUCGCGCAAGAACAGCUACCCGGAGAUUCUGGUACAUCUGGAGGCCCUCUGGUUAGAUAUUCUCCGUUUACCGGUGGCAGGGCUCGAACCAUCGGAUGAUUUCUUCUAUAUCGGCGGCACCUCGUUGCAGGCGGCCACUUUGGUUGCCCGAGUUCGGCAGGCAUUUGCGGUGGAAUUGCAGUCGGCGGCGUUAUACGAGUAUUCCACGCUAGACGGACUAGCCCGGUUGAUUUUGGCCCUACAGACGGGGACUCAAUCAGACGAUGGCCACGAGAAACUCGAAGCUGUCUGGAAGCAGGAUGGUGAAUUGGGCAAGGAGCUAAUCCCGAUAGGAGGAACGGUGCCAGACUGGAAGGCUCCAGGCGAGGGACGGGUGUUCCUAACAGGGGUAACAGGAUUUGUGGGUGCUUUCCUGCUGUAUGAGCUACUCAAGAUGCCCCAGGUGAGCCGGGUCGCCUGCUUGAUUCGGGCCAAGGAUACCAUGGCCGGAAUGACUCGCUUGCGCGCAAACUUAAACAAGUACAAGAUUGUCCUCGAGCCUGGGAUGGAAAAGAGGAUACUAAUCGUCCCUGGAGACUUUGGACAGCCCUUCCUUGGGCUCACGCCUGAUGAGUAUGACCUGUUCGCCGGCUGGUCCAGUGUCGUCUUCCAUCUAGGGGCGCAAGUGAACUACGUCCAACCCUAUUCCACCCACCGCAACGCCAAUGUAAUUGGCACUCUGCGAAUGCUUAGAUUUGCUAAUUACCAACGGCCCAAAAUGCUGCAUUACUCCUCUAGUAUCGCUGCCUACGGGCCAUCCGGAUUCGUGCUCGGGGCCAAGUACCUGGCUGAGGACGAGCGACCCCGUAGUUACAUGCGGGCGCUGCACUAUGACACGGGCUACUCGCAGAGCCAGAUGGUGGCCGAAUGUGUGGUUUGGAACGCGAUUGACAAUGGAUUUCCUGCUGCCAUCUACCGGCCGGGAUUCGUUCUGGGCCAUUCAAAGAGCGGCAUCAGCAAUCCAGAUGACUUUGUCGGCCGUCUGUUCUCCAGUUGUCUCACUAUGGGUUCCUACCCCGUACUCCCCGCUCAACGUAAGGAGUUCAUUCCUGUCGACUUUGUCGUCGGGGCACUACUGCACAUUGCCGCCAACCCAGUACGCAUAGGACAUGCCUACAACCUCAUCCAGCCCCGCCGCGAGGCCGCCAUAGACAUUAUUACCACAUUCGAGAUGCUCAACUCCCUCACGCCCCUAAGAAUGAAGCCGUUGCCUUACUCCAAAUGGGUCGAGCAAUUCUCCUUCAAGACCCAGGACCCCUUGCACCCGUUAAUGCCUAUGUUGCGAGAGAAAGUACUGGGCGAGCUGACCCGCUGGGAGGUGCAGGAGCAGAUGGCAACUUUUGGUGUCGAGAACCUCCGCGAGGCCCUUCAAGAUGCCCCUGAUGUUCUGAGCACUGAGCCCAUGUCUAUUCUCUUCAAGCAGUACAUCCGCCAGUGGUUACCCCAGGAAUAUCGCACAUGA